AUGCUCCUAACAUACGAUAUCAUAAGCAAGGGGUUUGUUGUUAUCGCGGCUGCGACGUGUCCGUUGCUGUUGUUCGUCAACGCCCCAUUUGGGAGGUUCACUCUGCCUAAUGACCACGCCUUAACCAUCUUCAACGUUGACGGAAUAAAGUCAUGGAUUUUUAUGGAGCUAUUCUCACCGAUAACCUUCACAUACGCCUUCACGCAAGCGCCGCUCCUCGACCACGUGUCCCGCGUAUCGGCGCCUCAAGGUCUCCUUGCAGGCCUUUUCCUCGCCCACUACUUGAACCGUGCUUUGGUCUCUCCACUACGGACUCCCUCUCGGUCCAGGUCGCAUCUCUCCGUGGUUCUUGCUGGAAUGUGCUUCAACAUUUUUAAUGGUCUAAUGAUGGGGACAUAUCUCCGCUCGGACAUUGCCCAUGCAUUUCUCUCAGUCGCAUUCCGGCGUCCUUCAUAUUGGGGUGGGAUCCUUAUUUGGCUUGCUGGGUUCACUGGAAACAUCUUGCAUGAUGAAAUACUCCUCAAUAUUCGUCGCAAUGCAAAGGCAAAAGGUAAAGCCAAGUACGAAGACGAUCCAGCUAAGAAGAGAGCGGAACACUACGCCAUUCCGCACGGAUACCUUUACAAAUACAUAUCAUACCCCAACUAUUUUUGCGAAUGGGUGGAGUGGAUAGCGUUUGCGUUUGCUGCCGCUCCCUUGCCUCCCCUGUCGUCUCCCGCUGCAUUCAUGGAAAAUAUCCACGGUCCCUGGGUGUUUGUGUUGUCCGAGAUUCUCCUGAUGCUUCCCAGGGCGUACAAAGGGCACCAAUGGUACCUUGACAAAUUUGCGGAGUAUCCGAAGGAACGCAAAGCUGUUGUGCCCUUCAUAAUCUAA